AAUGAAUCAUUAUCACUAUCUUAUCACAACGCUGUGAUCCAUAUAGUAGCAUUCAUACGCGUGCCCAGCACGCAUUGUUUUAAUUUUAUUUUCGAAGUGAAGUAAAUAUGUGAGAGAGUUAAACAUGAGAGAAAAAAUAUUAUUUUUGAACUUACUUAUAUUAUUUAAUUUUGUGACCUGUGCAACGGUGCCCAGUAUACCAAAUCACCUGCGGGACUGCUACAGGUCGGGGAUCCCCGACCUGCCGGCCCCCAGGCGACUUGAUGUGUUCCUGUCCCUAUUGCAGAAGCUAGAACUACAGUCACAACUAGACAUGAGACUGCUUAGCUCCGGCUUACUAAGAAGCUUGCGGCUAGAUGGCAUUGAGCAAUCAUCGGUAAAUGCUGUGGAAACUGAAUUCUUGUUGCCAUACAGAGCAUCCAGCUUCCAAUUCCACAAAUUCAAGAUCCUCAUGGAUAUUUUUCUACCGAGUCAAAACUUAGUGCAGGUUGAUGAAAUUCUGCCAAUAGCUGAAAAAUGUCUCAUGCACAAAAUGCUCAGUUCGGCUGUGCGACAAUGGGAACGGGGUGAUGAAAAUUUAGUAUGCCCGUUAUCAGCACAACUUGCCCAAAGUAACAAUAAUAUGGAAACACAGAGCAAUAGUAGAGUCAUCAGCAGGUGCCCUAUAGAAGAAGGAGUAAUUCAGACAGAAUGGGGCACUAUUUCUCCUGGAACUGUAAUAGCUGCAGUCGCCGCAUCACUGGAAUCUCAGAGAGUAUCCGUCACAGAUAUAUUAAACGCGAAUAUAUUUAAUGAAGAUGUAGCUGAACCACUCAUGGUGUCAGCUAAACAGGAGUGGGUCGAUGAUAUAGAAACGUUAACUCCGGCAGUAAAUGAUACACCAAUUCUACGACGACAGUCCGAUGUAGCUGAUAUAGGGAAUGUGUGGGUCGCUACCCUCGCUGGUGAUUUAGCAGAAGUGGUUGUAAACCAGGGUCCCCGAGUGGGUUCUAUUGCGCAGAACAUGGUGAUAGGUAGCAACAACCGGUGGAAUGACACCUUGCUUCCAAGAGACCAUUACCUCUUCCCCCAGAAUUUGACCGUCGCUGACUGGCAGUUCACGGACGCCGAGAUCCUUGCAGGCAUUGAUGGUCUGAUAUUAGCGCAUCACAUACCUAAAUGGGUAGAACAAAGACGAACGUUAAGACUAUCUCAAGUGCUAGACAUGUAUUACUCCAACGAAGGAGUGUCAUUCGAUCCUUCAAUAAAGGCUUGUAACCGUCAGAAUCUGUUCUCGAACAUUGUGAACAAGGGAGACUUGCUUGUGGAAACUUCUAGAUUCUCUCAUGUAUUGUCUCUAAGACAGAUCACUGUGUAUGUACCAGUUGAAGAGAUGGAGAGAAUGGCGGUUGCUGCGGUCAAUGCCUUUAUGGAUUAUGCUCCUACUUUAUUGCGUCGAGUUCAUAAACCAUGCGAUAUGCUUGGCGGUGCUCCUGUCAUAGACUUGAUAGUCGCUACAGACGGGUCAUGGAAAGGCUAUGACGUCGAACAAUUUAUGUCAUGGAUUGGCGGAUCACUGGAAAUAAACAUGCAAAGAGGUUCAAUAUCCCUUCUCCAUGGCAACACAGGAGCGUGGAUCGCUCCCCCUUCGUACAACCUCACCACAAUGUUCUCGUAUAUUAAAAAUUUUACCGACGAAUGGCCCAAUCGUCUCAACCUGCCAACGGUCAUGUCAACAAUUCUGCAGCAUUCGCUGAACAAGUCUCUAGCAGAAAUAGCCAACAAUGCUACCGGUGGGCCCAGUACGGUGGUCCUUAUAGUGAGUCCUAGUGACCGGCCUUCUGCACCGGAGAUGGAACGCACCAGAGAACUGAUGGCUUUAUUAAGGGCUAACUACUUCGAUGUGUACUUCUCAUACGUCGCUGAAGAUCUUUCAGACUUCCAGAAUAUUAACAAUGAGUAUUUGGACUAUUCUGAACUUUUUAUUACAACACCAUCGGCGAGUGUGCAAGAUAUCGUGGCUGCCGUAGAUACAUUCCUAGUAAAGAGUGACAUUCCACAGAGGCUAAUAGGUCCACAGUGUCCGUUCAACAACACGGUGUUCAAUCAAAUAGAGUAUGAGGACUUUGUGCUGCCCAACCGACCCUUGUUAUACCGAAUUCAUCCUUUCUAUUUAAGACUGCAGACUUUGGUCAGAGUUCAGUUCCGAAACGAUGGCCAAGGUCAGCUGUUAGUCUGUAUGUGGCGUGGGGCUGAAGCUUCCCACAAUUGUCAGACCAUAGAACAGCGAGGGAUACACAUGUUCAACCUGACACAGCCCUGCCCUUCGCCCGACUUCUGUCUGCCCGCGUACUUUACUGUCACCGCCACAUCCACCGACAAUUUGUGUGCAAAUAAUGACUGCCGUCUUCCGCAUCAAGUAGGAUAUUAUAUUAGCCACGGCGGUCUUAGGUGCUUAGCACUGCGGGGCGACGCGAACAUUUCUGAACCUUUUUAUAAAUUAAUAAUUACUAGCUUGUUAGUUUUAAUAUUUAAAAUAAAUGUGACUAUAAAAUAAA